UGUUGCAACCUAUCUAUAGUCUGUGUUGCAUAUUGUUUUAAUUUAUGUAAUAUUUAGUAAUUUACCAUGUAUGGCUAUUUCAACAGUAUAUUAAGAUAGGAUUAUUUUACGAUAACGGUGUGUUUGAUAUUGUGUAAAGAUAAAACUUGAUUGUAGUGAUAACUGUUUAAUGAUACUAAAUGAACUUGAUUGGUAUAUUUAUAGCUGUUACGAUGUCGGCGAAAUUGGCUAAAUUGAUAAAAACUAUUUGAAACAUUUUCAAAUUGAUUCACAAAGUGUACGGACAUAAACAUAAUCUAUACCAGCUGCUUUGGCUUAUGUUUAUUCACCAUUUAUGGUGCAGUCCUGUAAUGCAGAGGUAUUAAAAAGAGCUGGCUCAUUGUAAACAUUGACAGUUCAUUCAAUACGCAUUGAUUUCAGAUAAUAAGAUUUCCAUCAAACUUCACCUGCAUGGUAUUGAAUGACAUCACUGCUAACUUCUUACACUCAUACAAAUUAUAGAGCAUCUCUCGUAACAAAAUCACAUCUUAAUUUCUAUCUAUAUAUAACCAGUAGUAAUUUUAACUUAUAUUAUUUAUAUAUAUCUACAAAGAUAGGUUUUUGCACCUGCUAGAAUAGGUAAAAAAAUUGGCAGACAAUUAUAGAUAAUUGUAACUCAUCAAGGACUUGGGUAACAUAUUUAGAUUUUUACGGUGUGGUAUGAAAGUCGAACAUUCCCUGAACGCGGAAUAGCACUGUAAACUGUCGGACACUCCAUCUGGGACAGACGUUUACAGUCUCUUGACUUGGAACACUUUAUAGGAAAUAUAAUUUAGGCAAAAUUUGGAAAUUAUAAAGUGAUACUGAUGCUUGCAAAUUCUUCAAACCUUAGGGAUGAUUGUGUUUUAAGCAAUAGUUAGCAGGGAUAAGACUAUUAUCUCCAAAUAAACCUUAAUAAAGAAGACUUAAAAGUACUGAUUUUAGCCAUGUCUGAUCUAUUGAAUUUUGAUGAUGAUGAUGACAACUUGUUUAAACCUCAAGAACAGCAGACUAAACCAUCAAGAGACCUUGAUGACAUAUUUGGAACAAAUUCGGAAGCCGGUUUGAAUGCUAACACUUUAGAUGACAUCCUGACUCCAGCAGUACAGGAUGACAUUUUUGAAACAAAAGCGACACCAAAGAAAAAGCAUGCCACAGCAAAGAAUGUGGACAGUUUGUUUGGUGAUGUUGAUGAUGAACCAGACAUUUUUUCCACUGAUUUUGGAACUGCCCAAAAGUCGGCAUCCUUAAAUGUUUCAAAUCCGUUAGAAGACGACUUACUAGGUGAUUUUGUGCAACCAUCUGGUACUAAGGAACAAGAUGACUUACUUGAUGAUUUUGCACAACCAUCUGGUACUAAGGAACAAGACGACUUACUUGGUGACUUUGUGCAACCAUCUGGUACUAAGGAACAAGACGACUUACUUGGUGAUUUUGUGCAACCAUCUGGUACUAAGGAACAAGAGUCUAAUACUGUUGACGAACCCCAUAAAGAACUAAAUGGGAAAAAGACCAAUGAAAUUGAUGAUUUAUUUACCUUCAACCAAUCAGAUUCUCCUACUCAACCAGUUAACCAAUCGGAAUCAGGCUUUAAGUCAUAUGAUGAAAUGUCACCAGAUGAAUCUGCAGACAGCUUGGACAUUUUGUUAAAUGCUCAGCCAAUGGGCACAGUGCCUUCUUGUGAUGACCUACUUUCUCUAGUUGAGCCAGUCACUAACACAGCCACUAGCUCUAACAAACCUGCUGCACGAAAUAGUAACAGUGAGGAUUCUGUGAGCAGAGAAAGGGACCCUUUGGAUGAUUUCUUUGAGGUCUCUGAACCAAAUCACCCUGAAGAGUUUCCAGUGGAGAAAGUUGAAGAAGAUAACAAGGAUCCAGAAGACUUAGAGGAAUCCUCUGAUCACACAGAGAAGCCAGAGGAAGAGUUCAGUCCUCUACAGGACAAGGAGGAAGAUAAUACAGACUCAAAGCUUCCAGGGGAGCCAGAGGAAGAGUUCAGUCCUCUACAGGACAAGGAGGAAGAUAAUACAGACUCAAAGCUUCCAGGGGAGCCAGAGGAAGAGUUCAGUCCUCUACAGGACAAGGAGGAAGAUAAUCAAGACUCCGAUAUUGAAGAGCCACCUGUAACAAAACCAAGAACCAAUUUAAAAAAGAACAUGGAACGAAGUUUUGAGGAUUUACUCAACGGUCUUAGUGACGAGUCAGAACCAGAACUUGAUGAUAUGAUAGUAGGUGACAUAGACAACACAAAUCUAGAGAGACGAGCUCAGUUGCGAAAUAAGUCUCUGCUAGAAAGUCCAGAUAAAAGUCAGAGAGAUAUUAAGCCGCCAUCCAGUGAUUUCACAACACCCAGUAAACCUCUAGAUCUGGAUUUCUUCAGCAGCACACCAAUGGAGAAAAGUGCUGAGUCACCAGAGGUGAAGGUCAUAACCCCAGAGGUCAAAGUCCUCACACCAGAUGAUGAGGAAGUUGACAAAGAGGAAUGGGCUGGUGAGAAACAUGUAACAGACACACUGAAUGGUGAGACUUUUGAUGAAAAUGAUGUUGUUAUGAGGCCAAAGAAAGACCAUAGACAUGAUUCUGUUGAUGGAGAUGACUUAAAUCUAGAAGCCAUUGAGGACACCAACCAUCUGGAUGUUGAUGUGAACAAACACAAGUCGGCCCUUGGGAAGAAAGGCUCGAUGGCACUGAGAAGAAAACCUUCGAGAAAGUCACGCAAGUCUCUGUUAUCAAGCGAUGAUGAUGCCAUCUUUCAAGAUUCUACUGAUUCGAAGCCUGUGUCUAUGACAAACGGCAAUGAUGAUGAUGCUGAUGACGGGUAUGAUUUAUCUCCCCCUGCCAAGAAACCAAGCCCAGCUGUGAUGUUGCCUCUCCCUGGCAUGGCUGGACGGCCCCCAUCUCAAAGAAAUUCAUCUGCAGACCAAGAUGAUGACAAUGCCAUGGAUACAAAGGAGGUUAAACGUUCUUCCAAGCCACCCCCAGGGGCUUUUGUUCUUCCUUCUCUUGGUAAACGCCCAGCUAUACCACAAAGAUCUUCGAAUGACGCCACAGAGAAGGAACCAGAGAACAAACCAGCUGUUUUCGAGAAGCCGGCACUGAAGUCUGUUAAACCAGUAGAAAAAAGCCCAUCUCCGGAACAAGACCACACACCAGCUUACAGUCGAGCUGGACUACGUUCUUCUGAGAGACAGGAAACAGAGAAGAAAGGUGGCAGUGAAGAAAGAGACAUUAUGUUCCAGAAACCAACCCUGAGAAGCACACCAAAACCAAGACCAGAUAAAUCUCCCGAGGAGAAAAUGGACACGGGGGUGUUUGAAAAACCCAAAUUGAGGAGCACACCUAAACCAAAAUGGGAACAAAAACACAGUGAAGAUAAAGACAUUGAUGUAUUUGAACCUAAGAAUCUUAGGAGUGUCCAGAAACAAGACGCUGAUAUAGUUAAAGAAUCCAGUAGUGAUAAACAUGUGUUUGAUAAACCAAGUUUACGAAGUACGGGUCGAAGGUUAGAAAGUAGAGGUGAUUCUGUGAAAGAGGAAACCCAUUCUAAAAUGUUUGAUAAACCAGCUCUUAGAACUACAAAUAAACCUUCAAGAACAGAUUCUUUAAAUGAUAGUUCUGAACCUUCUCAUACGUUUGAUAAACCAACUCUGAGAAGCACAAACAGAACUACUGUGGAUAAAGAUACAGUGGAUUCAUCCUCACAUGGAACAUUUGAGAAGCCAUCUUUAAAGAAAGCAACCCCAUCUCCUGAAAAAGAAACAAAGGAAUUUAAUGAGCCCAAAGGAAUCUUUGAUAAGCCUGCACUAAGGAAAACAGAAGGUGGUAAGGAGAGAGAAAAGCCUAAAGCUUCAGAGAAACCUGAUUGGCUUCAGCAAGCUGCAAAUAAACACACCAAAGCGCUGGAAGCUAUUCAUACAAAAGAAAAUCAUCACGGCCAUACAGAAAAAGAAACACCAUCAUGGCUGGAGAGUUCCCCGCUUAGAAAAACGCGUGGUCAACCAUUGCAAGAUUCAAGUAACGGUCAGUCAACAAGCAGUAGCCAUGCAGAUUUGAGGAAUACCGAGGAUUCAGGGAAACAAGUAACCACACCAAGAUCGAGGAAUUCCUCAAUGAGCUCAGAAAAUGAACUAGAAAGAAAAAGAACUCCCUCAACUACAGGGAAAGAAAGCAACAACAACUACACUCCAAGCUGGAUGAGACAAACACGAUCCCCGUCGGUACCCACUCCUGGUGUGCUGGGUCCAGCAAAAUCCCUUCCAUCUCUGAGCAGUUCAAAUGAGGUUCCACAAUGGAAGAGAGAAUUAGCUCAGAGGAGACAGAGCAGGAAGGAAAAAUCUCCAGAAGAAAUACCUAAGAAAGAAGAAUCUGUAGAACCAGACUGGAAAAAAGGAAUUCAGCUGCGUAAAACUAGAAAUACUGCUCAGCCUUCUAAAGAGGUUAAAUCGGUUGAACCCGAGUGGAAGAAGGCGGCAGAAGAAAGACAUGCGCGGCUCCGAAGUAAGUCACUGCAGUACACACAUUUAAAAUUGAAAUGAUCUGCCUUGACCUGCUAUUACCAAACACGAUCUGCCACUUACUUGUGUAUAGAUUGUCCACCAGAAUAGCACUUGCAAGAUGUUUGCCAAAAUAUAUUUAAGUUUACUUUUGAAAAGUAAUCUCUAUGGUGGUUUGUGAAUAGUAGUCAGUGUUGAUAAAACUUGGCAUAUGUUUUGUCUAAACAUUUUUGGGUCCAUGCUGGCACAUUAAGAUACAAAAACAAUAAAAUAAUGAAAGAGAAGCAUAAAUUUGUCUACUUUUAGAAUUUACUGAUUUAGUGUCCCUAUUUCUUUACAAUGGAUCUCAAACAUUUAAAUGUUUCGUCUCAUUUUUUUAUUUUGGAUAGGUCUAUAAAUAAUUCUGACAUUCAAUCUAGGUGUUAAUGGUAAAUGUGUGAGUUCAAAAUAAUUGAACUGUUCAAAAAUGUUAAUUUCUCAGAACAGGGUAAAUAUUUAUGGGUAAAUUGCUUUUGGUGGUCAGACAGACAUAAAAUUGAUGCAAGACAGUUUCAUUUUGUCUGACUAUUGUAUGGGCUUAAAAAUACUGACUUUUUUUGUACUUCUGUUACAUUUUACACAGCUAUUUAUGUUAUGUGCCAUCAGAAUAUUUUCAGUUUUUGUACAAACCCCCCCCCCCCAAAAUAAAAUAAAAAAAAUCGAAACAAUUGUAGGAAGCCAUAGUAUGACUUGAUUUUAACUAGAUUAUAUACAAUAAAGCACUGAUAAUGUGAAGUUGCAAGGAGUUUAACAAAAUGCUAAAGCUAUACAGUGUUUCAAGAGGUCCAAAUAUAGUAUAGUGGGGGACCUCAUUGAAGGACUUUAGUGGGAAUGGGUAUUUGUGCCAUUGGUGCAGGAGUGAGUUUCCCUGAACAUGUAUGUGAAAAAUUUGAUGUAAACUUGUGCUCUUUUUGAAAAUGAUAUCUCUAUUUUGGAGUGUUUAAUAUAUAUUUGUAUAUUUUUAUAAUAUAUGUGAUAUUUGUACAGUACAUUCCGCCUGGUAUCAUUUAGAUGUAUUGUGUUGUUGUUAUUCAGAUCAAAUGAUAAAUUUUUAGAAUAUUUUGCUGUACUAUUGUUUUCAUGUAUAUAGAAGUUGACGGAAGAUUUUCAGUGGGUUUCAUGAAAUUUGUGCUCGUAGUAAAAAAUUGCUGAUCACACAGAAUGGUGUCUAAGAAACAUUUUUCUGCCUCUAUUAUUUGUAAUACUGAUAAAAUUGCUAAACCUUGUAAAUUUGCAGUCUCACUUUACCUUUCUGCUUAAAGGGAAAUAUUCAGUAUUUCAAAAAAACUUGGCUUUAGAUUUUGAGAUAAAGUUUGAAGAAAAAAUAUGAAAAGCUGAUAAAAAAUCAAAAAAGAUACAGCCAUUUGAAAAAUACAGAUUCAAUGAAACAGCAGCUAUUUUUAGUACAGUGAUAUUACAGCCAUUUGAAAAAUACAGAUUCAGUGAAACAGCAGCUAUUUUUAGUACAGUGCUAUUAUCUUUUUUCCUAAUAUGGUCAAUACCAGAUAUCGUAUUAUUAUGAUUAAUUCAAUUAAAUGAGCAACUACUCUAACAACUGAAUUUUAGUUUUGCCAACAAAAUGCCAGUAGAAUUAUCUUUCUGUUAGUUGUUAUUCAUGAAUUACUAUAUAUAGUAUUGCCCAUAUUAGGAAAAAUCAGUUUUCAUAUCCAUAUAAGGAAAAAUUGAUGUUAAAGUGCCCAAAAAUAGUCACAGAUGUUAAAGAAAUUCAUAAUUUUUCAUGUUUGUUUGUUUAUUCAGUUGAAAGUUCUGGCCCAUUAAAUGUUUUGAAAUCAUGAUGAAAAUGCUUGAAGGUUGCCUUUGAUGGUAAGUCUUCCCUCAUGUAUAUCAGUUUUGUAGAAUGUUGAUUUUGCUUUAUGAAACUGUUAUAAAUGUCUAAUAUGCUGUUGUGUAUUUGCAGACUCAACCGUGCAUGGUAACACUGACUAGUCUGGUUGGUGUUAGUGUAAGAUUUUAUUUUCCUCCCUUAUGUAGAGCGUAGCAAUAUUGAUGUUCAUCAGAUUGGAUCUAUAUAGAUGCCAGUUUUCAUCAAGCAUAAAAUGUUUGCUAUUUCUGAAGUCUCUUUGAAAAUCUGCUUGGGAUGUUGUUCAAACUUUUAGGAAAUGGUUGCCAUUUGUUAAAAAAUAAUGUAGGAUAUCUGAAAUAUUAAUCUAAACUUUCAUUAUAUAAAUUAUUUAGUAUGUUUUCUUAAUUCAGUAGUCGUUUGUUUUGGAAUGAUUUUGUUUCAGUUUGAAAAUUGUGUCAAAGUAAGUUGCGCAGCUAAAAUUAGGUAGAUUAGGUAUUAAUAUAUGCAAGAGUGUGUAAAAAAUUUGUAGACAUAAUUCGAUGAACAUCAAAUUGAUUGUGUGCAUUAACAUAACAUGAUACCAAAGUUUGGUUGGCGUUAUUAUUAUGCUUAAGUUACCUUUAAAAAAUCCUUUUGUGUAGGUGGGAAUAAAAUUUUUCAUUUUGGAAUUUCUUUAAAACUGUGUCAAAGCAGACUGAAGUAAUGAAUGCUAAAAACAAUGGAUUUACUGUUUUGCUUUAUGUAGGUAAUUUACAUAAAAUUAAUAGACUGGGAAUAUUCUACUAGUGCAACUAUCUGGGGUUUUGUGUCAUGUCAGGUUGGUUUUUGUACAAUUCAUACCCAAUGAGGGUAAUACAAAAAGUUACAGAACUGAUGAGAUAUGAUACAAAUUUUCCAGAUCUGAGCAGUAGUGUCAUUUUCCUUUUAUUACUUACCUACAAAAGAUAGUUUGUCAAACUGACCGACUAGGGUAUUACAGAUUCAAAAAACAAUUAAGGUGAUGAUGAUACAAAAUGCUGUACCAUUGCAAUGGAAAUGCAAGUAGAACAUUAAAAUAGUCCAUUAAAUGGAUCUUUCAGAAUAAUACAGAUUCAGGGGCGAUGAUGAUACAAGAUGUUUUAUCAAUGUGUAUGACAAAGCCCGAAUAUUUAAUUAAAAAAAUACAAAGGUAGAUUAAAAUCCAAUUUAUUACAUGCAAUAAAUGUCUUUGUAUAUGACUGGAAUAAUGCACUUAAGUAAUGUACAUGCACCUGAACAUUA